CGAAUUCGGGGCCGGAAGUUGUCCGGAUACCGUCAUAUUUGAACCAAAAACUGGGGAAUCUUGUGAGAUGAAGGCGGCCACAUCUCCCGCCCGACGGACCGGCGGCGCCAUCGCCGUCGUCGGCGAUGUGAGUCCCCCUCGUAUGAAGAAGGAAGUAGAAUGCCCAGGAGCGCCAAAGAAGAAGAAACGCACGAAAGUACGCACUUUUCCUCGGCUGAUCUUGCACCCAGGAAACGAGGGCGAAGGAGUCAUCGCCAACCCCGCCGCGAUGCGAUCCUUGGAGGACGAACUGCGCGUUGCAGCUCCCCCAGACGUAGCUAUAACGUCACCUUCGUCCUCGAGUGAAGUCUCGACAUGCACGUUAUUGGCCCUGGUGGCGACUUCCAGCACAGCGUCCGUCGUCCGGUCGCCAAUCGUGACACGGUCCUCGACCUCGCUCGCAACACGGCUAUCAACGCCAUCGCAUCUGCGUAGUCCCGCUACCCCAAAUCUGCGGCGUGUGUCCUUGACCAUGGCCCACAACGCCCCCAGCCCCGACACAUCUCGUCAUGUGGUGCCACGACCGGGGAUCGCCCCGCUGCCCAUGGCAGACCUGAACGCAUGUACAGAUUCCUCCUCGGAGGAUAGUGGCGCCGGUGGGAUAAACCCCAACAUCCCAUCCCGCGCCAUGACGUUUAACAUCCCCCCGCCCAUGUUUUUACACUAAGUCUGCCGCGGCACGAGCUCGACGUGGCGCGCGGCGUCGUCCUGUGUACCUCGCUCGUCAUACGCGGCUGUAUUUAUUCCUUGAACAUGAAGUAUACGCUAUGUCCACAUUCGUUGAUUCCUCCUCCAACC